GACAGAUGGGGAAUAUAGCAUCAAGAAACAACUGAUUUAUCACAUCUUUACAGAACUUGUAAAGGAUGAGCUAAGCUAUAUCAUGUUUGAGGGCAAGCAAGCUAGUAUUUCCAACUCAUUUUCAGUCAGCGAAGAUAAAUUGGUUUUGAAAUUUCGAGGCUGUAGAGAAAAGUUUACCCUCUUCAUAUCCAAAUUCUGGCAGAAUUUCAAGUCUUUCUCUCCAAAACUUGAAAGCUUUGAGAGUUUCAAAGAGGAGAUGUCAAUAGAUCUCAGUAGCAUUGAUAUUAAAGAACAAUCUGAACAUAUGAUGUUCACAAUGCUAUAUGAAGGGUCCUAUGAUGUGAAAGAGAAGUUGGAAAACUUGAAAGAUAUUUCUUUUGCUGAUCUGCAAAAAUUCGUUACAGUUUUUUAUUCCCAGAUAUUCAUUGAAGGUCUUUGUUAUGGUGAUAUGCUGGAAAAAGAAGCUACUGAGAUAUCAGAGAUUUUUGAAAGAAGGUUUGAAGAGCCAAGGACUCCAAAAGUGAGAAACGAAAGUGCUUCAGAUCGUGUUAAAAUGAAUCAUCCUGUUAGUAGAAAAAAUGCAUACGUGUUUAAAAAGUCUGAGACUAACUCUAUGGCUAAGGUUUACUUCCAAACUAGCAAUCCAAAGUAUAAACUUAAUGAGGAGGAGGAUGGUGCACGACUAAGUCUCUUCAGCGCUAUCAUAAAGGAAAACAUGCCAGAAGAAGCAUUCAAGAGCUACAAAAAAAGUGUCGAAUCUGGAUUGUUUGACGACAUAAAUUCUAAAUGGAAAGAGAUUGUCUGCAAAAGGUACAAAUUCGAUUGCCACGAGGACUAUGAGCUCAGAUUUUGGUACGAUAAGUACUUCAAAGAAUCAUCUCCUAGUUGCCGGAAGUUUUCUGUCGGUAUUUGGCGAGGGCAACACCAAGAGGAGGGAGAAGAAUCGUCUAAGGCACAUGAAAAGAAGAAGAGCAAGCACAAAGCCUUUUAAAACAGAUGAAGACCCAAAGCCUCCCGCUUAUCACACACUCUUUGGGCGUUUUCUAUCUUUUAAUUUCCGUUGAAUUCCAAAUUGUGGGCAAAUACUUUAUAUGACAUUGCUGCUCACUUAAACAAUGUUAACUUACAAUCUUGGUUUUGUAAGCACAACCAAACAUAUGUGUCUUUUCUAGUCUGACACAUAUAUACA